AGAAUGACCAUCAACAAUUUCUCAAUCGAAUAUGAUGCUAUCAACAGCAAGAACACCUUCACAAAUGGAGAUACCAUGAAUGGAAGAGUCAUCGUGGAGACUUCCAAGGAAGUUAAGAUCCAGUCGCUUGUUUUCAGAGCGCAAGGAAAAGCUCGCGUUUGCUGGACUGAACAUUACGGGCAACAUCAGACCCAUGUGUACUGGGCUGAUGAGAAAUAUUAUGACGUGAAACACCAUAUCUUGAGAGAGGCAAGACAAGAUGGCACUGAAGUCAUCGGGAAAGGAAGACACGUGUUUCCUUUUUCCUUCAAAAUUCCUGACAGGAAAAUCCCAUCAUCUUUCAAAGGCUGUGAGGGCAAAAUUGUUCAUAAGGUAAAGGCGGAGCUGAAACAGUCAAUGAAGCUGACGAAAAAGGCCAAAACUCACUUCACAUUUGUAUCCACAGCAGACAUGGACAUUCCUGGACUUAUGGAACCUCAGUAUGGUUCCAAGGAUAAAUCUCUCUCAGUUUUUGGCUCUGGAAGUGUUUCAAUGGAUGUUCACACCACUCGGAUGGGAUACAAGCAAGGCGAGGAUCUCAAAGUCAUGGUUGAAAUCAACAACCGCUCAAGUCGUUCGGUGAAGCCCAAAUUCGUACUGUACGAGAAGAGGAGCUUCUUCGCCCAGGGUCGCAGGAGACUUCACACCAAUGAGAUCCUUAAGGAGAAGGGUGAGGCCCUCGAAUCCUCCAACAAGGAGACUGUGACCAAGGUGAUCACCAUCCCCAGGGAACUGCCUCCCUCCAUCAUGAACUGCUCCAUCAUUAAGCUGGAGUACAGGCUGAAGGUCUACCUCGAUGUUAAAUAUGCUUCAGACCCAGUGAUCAAAAUCCCUGUUGUCAUCCUGCCCUCCUCCAAGGCUCCUGAAGUGAAACAACCACCUCCCUCUGCUGGCUUUGGAUUUGAAGCUUUUGGGAGCCCAAAUCAAGCAGCCUGGGGCGGGGCACCCCAACAGCAGCCAGCACCCCGACCUAUUGAUCCCCCACCCGCCUAUGGAGCAUAUGCAGCAUACCCCUCUUACCCUGAUUUUGACAAAUAUCAUGAUGCACUGUAAAUAGGCCACAGAUUUAACAGUGCCCUCAAGAUUCCUCAUGUUAAGUUGAGAGAAGUGUCAAAAUCGAUGCAAUAAAACCAAAGACAUCUUCUUUUUCUAUUCCACACAUUUUCCAAACUUCCCUCCUCAAAACCUGGUGCCUGUAUUACCCACGAUGCAACUCGACCAACAGUUGAAGCAGUUUGCCCCCUCUGGAGCCACAGAAGAGUUUAUACAACUUGCCUCACAUACUGUAUGCAACAACAGCUCUCUGGACCUGUGAACAGCCUUUAAUCUGUCAUGUUUCACUUCCUGUAUUGAGACUCAGCAUUCUGGCAUCACAUCACAGCUGGAAUAAAUGAGGCUGAGAUGAACUACUUACAAAGCAAACUAUUAUACAAAUUGUAUUUAUUUAAUGUCCACAGAAAAAAUGCACAUCCAGUUUUCUAUUGUCUGUAUAGUCGUCGUUGUUGUCGAGCAAAUAAUUAUAUACAGCUCUCACUGAGCCCUAAAGUGUUAAAUGUUACCUCAUUAUGAAAUCAAUACACAAAUAAAUUGUGCAGAAUA